GCGGGCUCGGGGCGGUUGGUUGGAGCGUCGCCGCAGUCGAAAGGUCCGGGAAAGUUUCUUUGGAGGUCCGGCCCGGAGCGGCCAUGUCCCACGGUCCCAAGCAGCCCGGCGCGGCCGCCGCGCCGGCGGGUGGCAAGGCUCCGGGCCAGCAUGGGGGCUUCGUGGUGGCUGUCAAGCAGGAGCGCGGCGAGGGCCCGCGGGCCGGCGAGAAGGGGUCCCACGAGGAGGAGCCGGUGAAAAAGCGUGGCUGGCCCAAGGGCAAGAAGCGAAAGAAGAUUCUUCCGAAUGGGCCCAAGGCCCCGGUGACAGGCUACGUACGCUUCCUGAACGAGCGGCGUGAGCAGAUCCGGACGCGCCACCCGGACCUGCCCUUUCCCGAGAUCACCAAGAUGCUGGGAGCAGAAUGGAGCAAGCUGCAGCCAGCAGAGAAGCAGCGGUACCUGGAUGAGGCCGAGCGGGAGAAGCAGCAGUACAUGAAGGAGCUGCGGGCCUACCAGCAGUCAGAGGCCUACAAGAUGUGCGCUGAGAAGAUCCAAGAAAAGAAGAUCAAGAAAGAGGACUCGGGCUCCGGGCUCAUGAACACUCUCUUGAAUGGACACAAGGGUGGAGACUGUGACGGCUUCUCCACCUUCGAUGUUCCCAUUUUCACUGAAGAGUUCUUGGACCAAAACAAAGCGCGGGAGGCGGAGCUGCGGCGCCUGCGGAAGAUGAACGUGGCCUUCGAGGAGCAGAACGCGGUGCUGCAGAGACACACGCAGAGCAUGAGCAGCGCGCGCGAGCGCCUGGAGCAGGAGCUGGCGCUGGAGGAGCGGCGGACGCUGGCGCUGCAGCAGCAGCUCCAGGCCGUGCGCCAGGCGCUCACCGCCAGCUUCGCCUCGCUGCCUGUGCCGGGCACUGGUGAGACGCCGACGCUGGGCACGCUGGACUUCUACAUGGCCCGGCUGCAUGGGGCCAUCGAGCGUGACCCAGCCCAGCAUGAGAGGCUCAUCGUCCGCAUCAAGGAGAUCCUGGCCCAGGUCGCCAGCGAGCACCUCUGAGGAAUGGGCCGCUCAGGACGCAGAUAAGCAGCUCUGGGCUCAUCUCUAUCCCACCCCAGUGAAGGAGAGGCUGGGGGUCCCCCCUUAGGGGCUAGGCCCCAUUCUGCACCUUGGGGGCUCCAGCCCCCCUAAAAUUAAAUUUCUACAAUAUCCCUUUAGCUUUCAGUCUCCCCAGCUUCUUGAACCCAGAGGAAGCACUGGGCUUUGGAGCUGCAGCCAGACCCUGUGGCUGCAGAGCUAGAGAGGCCUGCUCCCCUCUUGGGGCUGGCCACAGCGCAGGACCCAGUCAGGACUGCUGCACACCUGGUGGGGCUCCGUGGCCACCCACCGCAUGAUGUGGGACCCCGAAUUGCUCACCAAGAGGGCGGCACCAUGUGCCUUACAGGCAGGGGACACCCURGUGACCACUUUCACUGGUGGGCCCCCAAAUCCCUGCAUCCCAGGGAAGGCUCUGCAAACCCCUUGUCCAGUGGAGGGACCUCGGGAGCCAGACCUUCCCCAUCUCAACCCCAACAUCUGCAAUAAACAGUGCAGUUUGCGUU